UCGUCUGUACAAAUAAACUGGGGUUUGAAGACAUUAGGAGACAAUCUGACUUACUUUUAUAGAUCUAGUUGAUUUAAAAAAAAAAUGGGUUUAGGAGAUGAAGAAGCUAAACAAUUCCUAGUGACAAUAAAGAAGGAAGAGGUGGUGGCACCACUACGUUCUACGCCACUAGCCCAAGAGCAUUGGUUGCCAAUGUCCAACCUCGACCUUCUAUUCUCAUCAAAAACCGAUGUCGCAAGUAUCUUAUGCUACAAGAAGCCCAAAUCAAGCCAACCAAACUUCAAUGGCCAUUCUUUGAUUGUGAGUUUGAAAAAGAGCUUGGCUCAAGUCUUGGUGCCCUUCUUUCCAUUAGCCGGCGAAUUGGUCCACAACUCUCUGGGUGAGCCUGAGAUUUGGUGUAACAAUCGUGGUGUUGAUUUUAUUGAAGCUUAUGCUGACGUUGAACUUGAAAAACUCAACUUGUAUAACCUUGACGAAAGCUUUGUCAUAGGCAAGUUGGUGCCAGAGAAGAAGCGUGGCAUUCUUGCGGUUCAAGCAACAGAACUCAAGUGUGGCAGUAUGGUGGUGGUGUGCCUAUUUGACCAUCGUUGUCUUGACGGCUACUCAGGUAGCAUGUUCAUAACAUCAUGGGCUGAAUUCACACGAUCUAAACCUCUCAUCUAUAAUCGCCCCUCACUCCGGCGAUCUAUACUAAACCCUCAUCGCCUUGGUUGCAUUGACACCACCGUCCAAGAUAUGUAUGUUCACAAAGAAACUCCUGAAACCCCUUCACUUAGUAUACUCAACAAUGAUCACCCUAUCUUAAGUAGUCGCUUGUACUAUAUUAAAGCUGAACAUAUCAAGAAUCUCCAAAUCCAAGCUAGCUCAAACAACAACAACAACAUAACUAAGUUUGAGUCUUUUAGUGCUUUCUUAUGGAAGAUGAUUGCAAAAUCUUCUUCUGCGUCUAAUGUCAAAAAGUUAUGUAGAAUGGGAUUCUUUGUUGACGGUCGGAAGUUGUUAGCUGGAGGUGAAGGAGAAGAUAACAUGAUGAAGUUCUACAUUGGCAAUGUUUUAUCAACUCCAUUUUGGGGCAAGAAAAUUUGUGAUCUUAACAAAGAGCCACUAAAUCAGGUGGCCCGAGAAGUCCACGAGUGUUUGGAAACAAUUUUGACGAAGGAACAUUUCUUGGGUAUUCUAGACUGGGUAGAGGCACUCCGUCCAAAGCCAGGAAUGUUUAGAAUAUCAAGCUUUGAAAGAGAUGAUGGACUAAAUUUUAUAAUGUCAUCUGGUCUACGACUUCUAUAUGGAGAGGGCGAUUUUGGGUGGGGUAAACCUAUUUUGUGGUCGGCUCAUUUUCCAAGUGGAUUUCAAGAGAUAGCAAAAGGUGGCUACGUGAUGCCGAUGUUAAACCCAAAUGGCAAUGGCGAUUGGGUGGUGUACAUGCAUCUACAUAUGUCGCAGUUGGAGUUUAUAGAGAAAGAAGCUUCUAAUAUUCUUGUGCCCUUAACUUUUGAUCACCUAGAAAAAAUACAUUAUACAAAUAUAAAUAGUAAAAUAUAAAUGAAAAAGUUCUAAAAGUAAUUUAUAUAAGUAUAAAAUAUGUUUCAACCUAAUAAUUUUAUCUCAUGCACUUGCUGCAUAGCCUUCAAGGAUAUCCAUGCUUGUAAAAGAAGAAAAAAAAGAGAUUUUAUUUUUACUAUCUUAAAUAUAUAAUUUAUUUUUAAUUACACUUA